CGGAGAGAUAAAACAUGAGCAAUCGCCUUCACCGGGAAUCGAAACACGGACCUCUGGAAUACGCGCCCAGUGUGCAGACCACUACACCACGAAGAUACACUAGGAAGGCGAGGAAAAUCCCUUAUAUACUCCCCCAAUUAUGCUCGGUACCUUAUAUACUCGUAUUAAUUUUAAAAGAGAAAUGUGCUGACAAGAUUUCAAACAAGUCGUAAGUGCUUUCACUCCUGAUGCGUUCUUACAUGACUGAUCAUCGGACACCCCUCGCCUGGCGUCAUCGGGAUAUGACUUUGCACAGUAGUGGACAGAGGAGUGGUCAUCACCAUCAUCAUCACCACCACCAUCCACCUCGGCCGCCUCCAAGUCCAUCAGUCACGACAACUUCUUCAGAUGAAAGAGAAGAAGUGCCCAUGGUGCGUGGACCUCCACACAGACGACCAAACAGCAGAGGUGCUCGCUAUCAUAGAGAUGGCCAGUCUCAGUUCUCGGCCGCUGAGUCGUAUCCAGCUCCAGGUGCUCCUUUCAGAAGUGGGGGAACUCUCAGGUCCACAAGAAGCGUUCCGGCUUUGGCAUUGGCAACAUGGGAUGGUGAACCUUGUCCAGUCCAUGGUCAUGGCGUACCACUUUUUCACCAUCAACACUCAGUAGGUCUAAGCAAUGGAGGUACACUACGCCGUCAUGGAUCACUUUUCGAUGUACGGCUCCCUUAUUAUGGUCAUCCCCCACCAUUUGGACCACCAAUCCAAUAUCCGGCACCUCCACCUCCGCUACUUGAAAAGAAAUCAUUCCAUGGUUCUCUCCAGAUGAUAGGCAAUCCUUAUUUGAUGCCACCAUUAAUGCGACCCAGGCCCUUCGUUAUUCCUGCAGGAGCAGAACCUUUACCAGUGAGAGAUCCUUACAAAAUGCGAACACCACCUGCUUCGGCAUAUGCUGGUUCAAAAGCGGAUGAUGCUUAUAGCGUGGACCAAGUAUGCUGUAAAGGACAUCUGAUUGUAUUAUGGAUCAUACUGGCUGUGGUUACCAUAGGGGUCAUCCUCGGAAUUGUGCUUGGUGUUACCAUAGCUUGAACGUAUUUCUGAUGCUUAUGGGCAACGCAUAUUAACGGCUUGUCUUCAGAGCCUGGUCCAUUUUAGUCUGGAAAAAUGCGCCAUAUAAACUGAUGGAAAUAGGAACACUAACUUGAGCUUCCUGGCCGCUGUGGUCAACAUGGAUAUUACAAGAUUCAUUUUCUUAUAUAUUGCAGAUGGAAUGUAUACGAUAUUAAUUUUCCAGUCUUUAUGCAUCCAGUUUGACGGUAGGCUGUAUACGCUUUUAUGUUAUUUACAGAUUAUCUUCGUGAAAGCAAUGAGGUGUUUCGCACGAAUUUGUGAAAAUUUUACAGUGAACAGAUAGCAGUUUUUUAUUUAUCUUCUUAACAUUUAAGAAUAUUCUCAUAUUUUUGGCUUUCAAA